UAAUUUGGUAACAACACGCCCACAGCUGACACUAUUAACUGUCUAUCUGAUAGAACCCUGUUUUGGGACUGAGUGCAGAACAUCCUCAAGACUCGCCAGAAUCUCAGAAGAGCCCAUCAGCUCAGCAGCACACUGCAGAACCGUUGUCUGAUUCAUCGCAGCCAUGAGUGACAAAUCCGAAGGGAAUCUCCUUGAAGAGAGCCUGGUUCAGCUGAGAUGUCACUUCACAUGGGAGUUGCUAGUGGAAGCCACCGAGCUGCCCGAUUUAGAAAACAGGAUCUUGGAUGAGAUUGAUUACCUGGACACCAGAUACAACGCGGGGAUCCACAACCUGCUGGCCUACGUGAAACACCUCAAGGGCCAGAACCAGGAAGCCCUGGGGAGCCUGCGGGAAGCCGAAGCCUUGAUCCAGCAGGAACAGGCCGCCCAGUCAGAGGCGAGAAGCCUUGUGACGUGGGGCAACUACGCCUGGCUGCAUCACCGCAUGGGCAGGCCGCAGGAAGCCCAGGCUUACCUGGACAAGGUGGAGGAGGCCUGCAAGAAGCUCGGGGCUUCCUCCCGCUACAGCAUGCAGUGUCCCCAGAUGGACUGCGAGGAGGGGUGGGCCUUGCUGAAAUGCGGAGGGAAGAAGAACUAUGAACGGGCCCAUGCCUGCUUUGAGAAGGCUCUGGCAGUGGACCCAGAAAACCCUGAAUUCAGCACUGGUUAUGCGAUCUCCACCUACCGCCUAGACAGCUUUAACAAAGCAACACAGGUUAGCGAGGCGUUUUGUCUGCAGCCCCUGAGAGAGGCCAUCAGGCUAAACCCAGAAGAUGCGUAUGUUAAGGCUCUCCUUGCCCUGAAGCUCCAGGACGUAGGCCAAGAAGCUGAAGGAGAAAAGUACAUAGAAGAAGCACUAGGCAACACGUCCUCGCAGACCUACGUCUUCCGGUAUGCGGCCAAGUUUUACCGAAGAAAAGGCUGUCUGGAUAAAGCUCUCCGGCUCUUAAAAAUGGCCCUGCGGGCCACCCCGUCCUCUGCCUUCCUGCAUCACCAGGUAGGGCUUUGCUACAGGGCACAGGUGAUUGCAAUCAAGAGAGCUGCCAACUGGCAGCCCAGGGGACAGGACAGAGAAAAUGUUGACAGAAUGGCAAGAUUAGCCAUAUCUCAUUUUCAGUUUGCUCUGGAACAAAAGCCCACGUUUGAAGUUGCUUACAUACACCUGGCGGGCAUGUACAUAGAAGUCGGCGACUACGGGAGAGCGGAAGACACGUACCAAAAAGUGCUCUGCUUGAAAUCACUCGAAGAAGAAAAACUGCAAGAGAUCCAUUUCCACUAUGGUCAGUUUCAGGAAUUUCAAAAGAAAUGUGAGAUCAAUGCAAUUAUCCAUUAUCUGAAAGCAAUAAAAAUAGAGAAGGCAUCACUGUUGAAGGAUAAAAGUAUCAAUUCUUUGGAGAAACUGGUUUUAAGGAAACUUCGUAGAAAUGCAUCAGAUGUAGAAAGCUUGAGCAUUCUCGGGUUCGUCUAUAAAGUCAAAGGAGAGAUAAAUAAGGCCCUGGAGUACUAUGAGCGGGCCCUGCGGCUGGCGGCUGACUUUGGGAACUCUGAGACAGAACCCCCAGCCGUGGAAAUGUGAACCUCGCUCACAUUCUGUUUGACUUUUAGGUAACUCUAAACUUAAACUCUAAACUGUAGUCAUUUUUUUCUGCUUGCUACUUUCAGAAACAUAUUACGUAAUUAAGUAAUCUGCUAUAGUGAUAGAAGUUUUUAACAUUUAUACUCAAACCUGAUAAAAUAUUGUUAGUAGUCAGUAGUGAGGAGUGAAACUGAUAUACACACAUUUCUGUAUGUGAGAGUGAGAGGAACCAUUUCUCUGUGAACGUUAUCUAGCAGAAAAGCAAUUUUUUGAGUAGAUUUGUAGCAAAUAAAGCAGUGGAUUUACGUAAAAUAAAA